GAAGGGCCCCCUCCCCCUCUUGCCCAUUGCCUUUGCUUUUGUUUGAGAAACCUCUGACGAGUUUCGGCUCCGCUCUUUUCUUCGAUCAUCACCUCUCUCUCUCGCUGUCUCUCUCCGUGAGAGCUUCUCGAUAUAUUCCCGGCAUCUCUUGAGAGGUUCUCGAUCAACUGUGGAACCCUCUCCGCCUUUGACCAAUUCCUUGAUUCCUGCUUCCAUCCCAAUAAAACUAGGGUUUUUGGAAGCCAGAAACUCUCUUCUUUGUGUAAGGAAGAGGAUGCGGCCUAGGGUUUAUUCGAUCUAUCGCGACGUUAGCUGAUUCCGCUGAUCCUUCGUUGUCGAUCUUUUCUCGAUCCAUUCGUCUUGCACAAACUUCGUUCUAGGUUCUUGAAUAGAGAGCUUUUCUGGGUUGGAUCACAUGGCCCAUCACCCCGGCGCUGCGCCGGGGUCAGGAUCGGGCUCCAGCUCCGGGAUCCACUUCUUGAAUUCCCCCUUCGGUGACACCACCUUCACCAAGGUCUUCGUCGGGGGCUUGGCGUGGGAGACGCAGAGCGAGACGCUGCGCCGCCACUUCGAGCGGUUCGGCGAGAUCCUCGAGGCCGUCGUCAUCUCCGACAAGAACACGGGGAGGUCGAAGGGCUACGGUUUCGUGACUUUCCGUGAUCCAGAAUCUGCAAGAAGGGCGUGUGCGGACCCAAGCCCGAUCAUAGAUGGGAGGCGGGCGAACUGUAAUUUGGCUUCGCUAGGGCGGCUUCGGCCAGCUCCACCUUACGCACAUAUAAGGCAAUCGGGCCCUUACUUCGGAAGUGUUCCAGUUCCAAGGGGCGCUUACAUAGGAAGUUCCGCAUAUCACCAAGCAUUUCCAUACAACUACCAACAAGCUGUUUCGUAUCCACCAUAUGGGUACACAACAUAUGGACCUGAGUACAUCUAUCCACAGAAUGCUUAUAAUCCUUACACAGGACACCAAUAUGUUCAAGUAUAUGGUAUUCCUGGAGCAGUAAACACAACUGUUUACCCAUAUGGGCAACUUGGCCAGCCACUUCCUGGUGGACAUGGUUACACAACAGUUCAGGGCUAUACCGUGCCCAGUCAUCAUCUCUUGCACAUUAGUGGGCAAAAUGUCAAUGGUGCAACAACUGCAUCUUUAGCUGCAAUUCAAGCACCAUAUCCUGCAGGAAUGGUGGCACCAGUUCCAGCUCAGCCACAAUUCACCACAGUUCCUGUGCAUUCACCACAAUUCACGCAGGGCAGUGGUUCGGACCAAACAGCAAGUUAAAACGGGUAUCUGAAUGAUGACAUCUUGAGAUAUCCUUGGAUUGCAGGACCAAGAACAACAGUACUGCUACUUGAGCGGCCUGCUUGUCUUGCCUUGCAGGCCAUCAUCUUUGCAUUCUAGAGGUUGUCCGUAGUCAUGGUCACCAGGGAUACCACAGUUGAUGUUGAGUCGCUCCAAUGGAUGGGGGCUGAAAUGCACAAGAGUUGGAAUGCUCUUGCCUUGCUGCUGUCGUGUCUGUAAGUCUCCAUGCCCUGCCAGAGCUUGUGAUGAUUGGUGGAGUCUGGACUGAUGGAUGCCGGAAUUGUAUUCCGACAACCUAUAGGGGGAGAUGCUGUCAGUCAAACCAUACUUCCAAAAAGAUUCUUUUGAACUCCAGAGUGCUGAUCUGAUUAUAUAGUCUUUGUUUGUGGUUCCUGGGAUUAAUUUAUCAAGUUGCAUAUAACCAUGGUCAUGCAGACAUGGCUUAGUGAUUGUCAGUGGGGUCGGUCAUUGUGUAGCUGGCAUUGGUUUGUUUUUCCUAAUAAGCUGCGUCAGGGCAUUCAGUAAGUUUUUUUGAUUGAUGGGCCUUCAAUAAGUUUGAUAUUUUUCUGCAAAAUCUUAAAGGAUUUGUCUUUCCCCCUGCCAUUUGGUCAGCGCUAAGGGAAUUUUUCGUGGAAACAUGUUACCAUGGGGUUUGGUCAUAUUUUUGGCAAGAGUCGAAAAUAUUAUAUCAGAAGCUACCGGAUUUGUGUAUUUAAACCUGGUCCUUCUGACAAUGUCUUGUAUCAGUACUUUCAAAGGGUUCAGGUUAUUCUUUCAAUGAAGUACCAAAGGAGGUACUGAUGAACAA